CAUGCUGCCCGCUGCGCUCCUCCGCCGCCCAGGCCUGGGCCGCCUCGUGCGCCAGGCCCGCGCCUACGCCGAGGCCGCCGCCGCCCCGGUCCCCGCCGCGGGCCCGGGACAGAUGUCUUUCACCUUCGCCUCACCCACGCAGGUGUUCUUCAACGGCGUCAACGUUCGACAGGUGGACGUGCCCACGCAGACCGGAGCGUUUGGCAUCUUGGCAGCCCACGUACCCACACUGCAGGUCUUGCGACCAGGGCUGGUUGUGAUCCACGCUGAGGAUGGCACCAUCUCCAAAUACUUUGUGAGCAGUGGCUCGGUCACAGUGAACGCUGACUCUUCGGUGCAGUUACUGGCUGAGGAAGCCGUCACACUGGACAUGUUGGAUCUGGGGGUGGCCAAGGCGAACCUGGAGAAGGCGCAGUCGGAGCUGUUGGGGGCCACGGACGAGGCCAUGAGGGCCGAGAUCCAAAUCCGCAUCGAGGCCAACGAGGCCUUGGUGAAGGCCCUGGAGUAGGCG